AAUCUCGUUACAACGACGGAUCGAAUUGUGUUGACGGUAUGCACGUAAUCGGCUGGCUAGUGUAGAGCGGUUUAUCAACGAAAAAAUCAUUUAAGAAAAGAUAAGAGAGAAGUCGGUAGUUAGUCGACCACGUGGUAGCGCACAAGCUAUUUGCCUUGCAAUUACACCCAGGAACAAUUAACGAUGAGCCGAUAGUACCACGUACGUUGACGUCAAUUGUCGAAGAUAACGUGUGUGCGCGCGUGCACUCGUUCUAUAUAGUAGUGGUGCGGAGUCUGGUGGGGAAAAACGAUGCGAGGGUAGUGGUAGUGGUAGCGCUAGUGGUAGUGUUCGCUAAGAAUGGCUGGGACAUGGACAAGGGGGUAAGGAGAGCAGCGAGGGGAGGGAAUGAGACGAGGCCGGCGACUCUAGCAUAGCAGGGGGGUAGCAACAUGGCCGUCGGUCAGUCGGUAUCGAACCGCCGCAUUACGCGAAGCUCUUACGACCCUUGUUGUAGAAACGCCGCCGCUUUAAAACGAGAUUUGGAAUCUCGUGAACGUGAAGGACGACUUUUUACCGAUGGCAUCGGCUCUCCGACCUUACGUACCCAUUGAGGUCGACAGCGUCAGCGCGAUUUUUUCGCUUCAAAAACGGUUCUACCGGUUCGGGACGUGUCAUACCCGGUAAUUCUGGCCAGGAUCGAAUUCAUUUCAAAUACCUGUAGAAUAUAAGUAAAAAAAAAAAACACGGUCGUUUGAAAUCAUUUGUUGAUAAACACAUUUUUUAAUAACAAUGGAUUCUGGCGUGGGACAAGGAAAAAAGCAAAUUCGUGUAGGAUUUUAUGAUAUUGAAGGUACCAUUGGUAAAGGAAACUUUGCUGUGGUAAAAUUAGCUAGACAUCGUAUUACCAAGACAGAGGUGGCUAUUAAAAUAAUUGAUAAAACACAGUUGGACCCUACCAAUCUUGAAAAAGUUUAUAGAGAGGUAGAAAUAAUGAAACAAUUGGAACAUCCACACAUUGUCAAAUUAUAUCAAGUUAUGGAAACAAAGAAUAUGAUAUACAUGGUAUGUGAAUAUGCAAGCAAAGGUGAAAUAUUUGACUAUAUUGCACAAUAUGGAAGAAUGGGAGAACCCAGAGCUCGGGCAACAUUUGCUCAAAUACUUUCUGCGGUUGAAUACUGCCAUGCAACGGGUGUAGCACAUCGUGAUCUCAAAGCUGAAAAUUUACUCUUAGAUGCUCAGAUGAAUGUUAAGAUUGCUGAUUUUGGCUUUAGUAAUAGAUUUUCACCUGGAGAGAGAUUAAGUACGUGGUGUGGAAGUCCUCCUUAUGCAGCACCAGAAGUUUUUCGUGGAAAACAUUAUGCAGGUCCUGAAAUUGAUGUGUGGAGUUUAGGUGUUGUAUUAUAUGUAUUAGUAUGUGCAGCACUGCCGUUUGAUGGAUCUACCCUUCAAUCUUUAAGAGAUCGUGUUUUGAGUGGAAGAUUUAGAAUUCCAUAUUUUAUGAGUACAGAUUGUGAAAGCUUAAUACGUAAAAUGUUAGUUCUGGAACCUGCAAAACGAUACACCAUUCCACAAAUAAAGAGACAUCGUUGGAUGGCUGGAUCAGCAGAUACUGUUUGUUCAAUGGUUAUAACGAGAUCGUCAUCAUCGUCCAUCCAAGAACCAAAUGAACAAGUACUUCGACUUAUGCUUAGUUUAGGCAUAGACAUCACAAAAACUAGAGAGUCAUUAAGGAAUAGUAGCUAUGAUCAUCAUGUUGCUAUUUAUUUCUUAUUAUUGGAGAGGUUGAAGCAACAUCUUGUCAGCAGUACAGCAAACAAUACUUGCUGGCCAAGUGUUGCAAGAACGAAAGAUGAUAAAUUUAAAUCAAGAACAAGGGAAGAUGCAACUCGAGGAGGAAAAAAAUUUAGUUCAACUAGUUCUUCGACUGAUGAAGGAUGUUGUAGUGUAGAAGGUGAUUUAGAAGAAGGUCCAAGUGGUGAUGAAUUGAGAGAAGCUCAAAUUAAACUCGAGGAACAUAGACUAGGCCUAGAUCAUGAUAUCAGUCAACGAAUUGACAGUCAAAUAGUCAAUCGUAGAUUAAGUGAUUACCAACACCAUUUUGAUACCCCUCUUAUGGAUUCUAUUGAUCCUCCUAGUCGAACAACGUUAUUUAUUGCGGGUGGUAGCGGUAGUUCAUCAUCCGAGCUUUUUGAAUCUAGUUUUGAUUCUGGUUGCCCACCAGACUACUCAGGGGCAAAUUCAUUUACUAGUAGUUUGCCCUCUUGCACACACCCACCACCUAUGAGCCCAUCGCCAAUUGCCGGUAGAAUAUCGAGAGUUUCUCAAGGUCGUAGAGCUUCGGAUGGUGGACCUAGAUUACUGUUUUGUCAACAAGGCGGAGGAGACAGACCGACCAAACAGCGAAGUAUUCAAGAUUCUGGCAAAGCUAGAGGGCAUUUAGAUCUUGUUCAUUUGAGACCACCAUCUACACCGCCCGAAAACCAAGCACAGUUUAAAAUUCGUGGCGAUUCCAGUACACAGUUACAGUUGCUAGUUCAACAGCGUAUGUUGCAACAGAAACGAAACUUAUACCAUCGACAUAGAGGCGGGGGAAGUCCAACUCCGAUACCAGUAUCAACAAGUACUACGAGUAGACGUACUGAUCACGUACCAAGACAAGACAGUUAUAAACUAGCUCAAAGAACACAGAUCUUACCACCUUUAUCUCAGGGACAUGUUGAUAGAGACUUUGAUAGAGAAAGAAAACGAGAUGAAGAAAGAUGGAAAAGUCUACCAUCUCGACUUGCAGCAGAUUGUCAGUUAGCAGAAAGGACGCUGUUGUGGAGCCAACAGAAGAAAAUAUAUCAGGUGGGCCUUAGUGGAGGAGCAUCAUAUUUGCCACCUGGCAGUGUAGGUGGCUUCUUAUGGCCCACUGGAAGCAACCCUCAUUCAACCAUCUUCGAAAACGUUGGGGAUCCAAUGGAAUAAUCAU